CAUGAGUGUGCAUGUGUAUGCGUGCCUGUGUGUGAUGUUCGCGCACAAGGGUGUGUGUCUAUUUUGUUGUGUAGAUAGAGUGGCUGGCAAACAAGUGGAAGUUAGUGCUUUCAAACGAUAUUGUUUAUCUGUAUCUACUACCAUAACAGCAGUUGCCAUUCUAGUUAACUAAAUACUUAAUUAAUGUUGUCGUUUAACUAGUUUUUUCUCAUAUCGUUGAAAAGAGCAAUGACCAACGUACCGCUGCUAUUUGCUGUGACAGUUUUCUUGUUUCAACUACAACUUUCUCAAGGAAAUGAAAUAUCUUUACUAUCAGCAACAGCCGAAUUGAGCCCCGAUACCUACACAUCUGCUACAAAUUCUUCUAGACAUUCUAGUGCAUCUGUGGCCAUUGAUGGAGACAACAGAAAAGGACGUGCCGGUGGAUCGGAAGAGGAAAUUCUGAAAUGUGCAUCUACGUCUUUGAAGCAAAAAUCACUAAGUAAUCCGGUGAAGCAUUUGUUAAUAAGAAUGGAAAGAGCAGAAUACAUCUCGUAUGUAAGACUACAUUUGAGAGAUGGAUUAAGGAGACAGCACUUGCAGAACGGUCUAACGGUUAGUGUGGGUAACAGCCCUGACAUCCAACAUGCCUCGUCGUGUGGUAACAAAGCGUACAACGCCGUGCGUCAUGGACAAUCGCCGUUCUUUAUUUGCAUGAAUUCUGCACAGUACAUUUGGAUCGUUUUACGAAAUAGUGGAUUGCCACUUCAAGUAUGCGAAGUACGCGCAUAUAGUGGUUACAUGAAUUUGACUGCUCCAGGUAUCGCAUCAUUGUCACACGGUCCAUUUCAACAAGUGUCCUUUGCUACUAAUGCUGUUGAUGGCAAUUCCGCUAUUGGAAAUUCAGCAGGUGACGGAUUUGGAAACUGUGCUGUCAAUGACAUUAGUGAAAGUGAAAAAGAUCAGCUUCAGUUUCUUCGUAUCUCUUUGGGUCACGAGCAAGCGGUUUUGUCCGUUCGACUGCAUUUGAGAGAUGGAAGUCGCCGAUACUCACACCAACAAGGCUUGCUUGUUGGGAUAAGUAGCUCACACCGUGUACAUGAUUCCCAAAAACAAUGUGGCUCAGCAUAUGAUAAAAGUCAAGGACAGUCACCAACUUUUAUCUGCAAAGCUACUGGAAGUUAUGUCUGGUUGACCUUGACGUCACCACAUUACCUGCAAGUCUGUGAAGUAGAAGUAUAUGCAGUCGUUCGCUGCGUUUCUCUCGGUCACCCUGCAAAUGGACAAUAUCGCAUAACAAGUGACUCCGUAGGUGGAGUUUUGUCGGUUAAUUGCAACCAAGGAUAUGCUCCGACGUCACCAAAAAAUGCUACAUGUCAAAGCAGUGGAAACUGGAGUCGACCAAUUCCGACUUGCGAAAUAGAGGUAAAUUGUGGACCUCCCCCCAAUAUAACAUUGGGACAAUAUUCUGGAAAUGUCUUCACGUACAAAGGAAAAGUGGAAUACAGCUGCAAUAACGGCUAUCACUUGGAAGGUCCCAACAUCGUCGUAUGUCAGCUGAAUGGAGCAUGGAACACAACGGACAAAUUGAAGUGUAAACCGCAUUGCCUUAAACCUGACAAUCCACAACACGGCAGAGUAAACAUUUUGACAAAAGUUGCAAAUGAAAGACAGCUGGAUGUUGGUACGAGCGUACAGUACGUCUGUUUUGAAAGCUACGUACGGGACGGAGACAACAGGAGAACAUGUAUCACAUCGCUCAUGUGGUCAGGAAGCGCUCCCACGUGCAGAAGUCAGAUUAAUAGGGAGACUGUGGAAAGAGUUUUAACACCCCCAACGGUAGAUGCACAUCGAGUGGCAGUUAUAUGA